AUGGAUAACAAUUAUCAUUUUUGGGGUAACGGUGAUAGACAAGACGUUUCUUUGUCUUACGAAGAUUACUACAGCAUUUUGGAUUGCUUAUUAGAUGAAAAGCUUUCCCCAUAAGGUUUAAUGAAAUUCAAGAACUUACACGAAGUUAGUAUGUAUGGUGUUUCUUAUGUCCCAUUAUACUGCUUCCCUGUUGCAUAUGGUAUUUCUCAUAUGCUUACUGGUAAGGUUAGAAGAGGUCACAGUGGUUACAGAAACUUAUUUUCCUUAAUGAGUGUUGUUCUCCCCUUCACUUGCUGGUACGCCUACACCACUCCUAUUCCUAGAAGACUUUACACUGAAAUUAUCUGCUCUAACAACGCAGAUGGUGCUUAUGUUAGAAACCGUAUUAAAUAACAAAAGCCUGGUAUCUGGAGAAAGCUCUCUCAAUAACUUUACAACAAGAAUUUCAGAUUCCCUGAAUUAAAUCAAGACCUUACUGCCACCGAAUUCCCUCUCGACUAUGUUGCUCCCCACAAAUUCUGA